AUGAAGGCGUGUGAAAAACUCUUAGGUUUGUGUCCAGAGAUUUUGACGGCGUGGAAUUAUCGACGAGAGACGAUCGAGGCGCGAACGGGGGACGCGGCGACGACGAGCGAAGGCGGAGACGAAGGCGAAGGCGAAGGCGAAGGCGAUUGGUGGAGCGACGAACUCAGGGUGAGCGAGACGGCGUUGAGGAAUAAUCCGAAGAGUUAUCCGAGCUGGUAUCAUAGGAAAUGGGUCCUGCGAAGGAUGAUCGAGGCGUUCGGGACGGAGGAGGGAAAGGCGAGAGAGACGCUCGAACGCGAGGCAAAGCUGUGCGCGGACAUGUUAAACGCGGACGAUAGAAACUUUCAUUGCUGGGCGUACAGGCGGUUCGUGGCGGAGAAACUCGGUCGCGGCGUAGAUGAGGAGCUGCAGUACACGCUGACGAAGAUUGAGAACAAUUUCAGCAAUUACAGCGCGUGGCACUAUCGAAGCGCGAUUUUGGAAUCUCGCGGCGCGGCGGACGCGGAGACACUCGAGCGAGAGUUUGAGCUCGCUUCGAACGCGUUUUACACCGAACCCGAAGAUCAGAGCGCGUGGAUGUAUCAUAGAUGGCUCACGUCGCGGGCUCGAGCGAUCGAAGACGCGAAAGAUCGUGAAUCAUUGCUCGAACGAGAGCGACAGACGUGUCGCGAGGUGAGCGAUCUCGAGCCGACGUGCAAGUGGCCGCUCCUAGCGCUCGCGUCGCUCGGAGACGAACACCCGCGGGAAAUGUUUCAAAAUUUGGCCGCGCUCGAUCCUGCGAGAGGCGGAUACUAUCGCGAGCGACGAAGCGAGUAG